CCGUUAAAAUAUCGCUGAACCACUGGUUACUCCCUUCCUAAACCAAACUUGCCCUAAACGGAAAAAGUUCCCCAGAACUGGGCUUUUGAAGAUAGUAACCAUUACAAGAAGAGGUGGAUUUUGAUUGCAGCUGGUGGAACGAGUGCCGGUGAGGAUGGCUAGGGUUCCUUUGGGUUGCGAACCGGUGGUCGGUACCCUAACGCCGUCCCGGAAGCGGGAGUACAGGGUUACCAACAGGCUCCAGGAAGGCAAACGCCCCAUCUACGCCGUCGUUUUCAAUUUCAUCGACUCUCGUUAUUUCAACGCCUUUGCCACGGCCGGUGGGAAUCGCGUGACGGUGUACCAGUGCCUGGAAGGUGGUAUUAUAGCCGUAUUACAGUCCUACAUGGAUGAAGAUAAGGAUGAAUCAUUCUACACUGUUAGUUGGGCUUGUAAUGUUGACGGGUCUCCCUUUUUGGUGGCUGGAGGACUUAAUGGAAUUAUUCGUGUUAUUGAUACUGCCAAUGAGAAGAUCUUCAAGAGUUUUGUUGGUCAUGGGGAUUCGAUUAAUGAAAUCCGGACUCAGCCACUGAAACCAUCACUUGUAGUGUCUGCAAGCAAGGAUGAAUCUGUACGUCUGUGGAAUGUUCAUACAGGAAUAUGCAUUUUGAUAUUUGCUGGUGCUGGUGGCCAUCGCAAUGAAGUUCUUAGUGUGGACUUCCAUCCAUCUGACAUUUAUCGCAUUGCGAGCUGUGGAAUGGAUAACACUGUCAAGAUCUGGUCGAUGAAAGAGUUUUGGACAUAUGUAGAGAAAUCAUUUACUUGGACGGAUCUUCCUUCCAAGUUCCCUACGAAAUAUGUGCAGUUCCCAAUAUUUAUUGCAUCAGUGCAUACGAAUUAUGUUGACUGCAACCGGUGGAUUGGUGAUUUUAUACUCUCUAAGAGUGUUGAUAGUGAACUUGUAUUAUGGGAACCAAAAAUGAAAGAACAAUCUCCAGGAGAGGGUACUGUUGACAUUCUUCAAAAAUAUCCUGUUCCUGAAUGUGAUAUUUGGUUUAUCAAGUUUUCCUGUGAUUUUCACUACAAUGCAGUAGCAGUAGGGAAUAGAGAAGGGAAAGUAUUUGUGUGGGAAGUGCAAUCUAAUCCCCCAGUUCUCAUUGCUAGAUUAUCCCAUGUUCAGUCAAAGUCUCCUAUUAGAUUGACGGCCGUGUCCUUUGAUGGAAGGUACAACUCUGGAGCAUCUCUCCUCUACAUUUUAUGUAUGUGUAUAUAUGUAUGUAUGCGUAUAUGUGACAUUCGAGCAUAUGUGCAUUGUUGUCUGUAUGCCAACAGCACUAUUUUAUGCUGCUGUGAAGAUGGGACGAUAUGGCGUUGGGAUGUGGUGGCAAGUACUUGAACUUCUCCGAUGUUAUGGCUAUAAGUGGGAUUUCAUGGUAUUUUGUGCUAGAAAUGUAGAACUUGUACUCGUCAUCUUACUGUCUGAAUCGUGCCUGGUGGUAUGGCAAAAAUCGUAUGAUGGCUGAUAAGAUGCUGUAGCUGAAAGGCUGUACUUUCCCUCUUUGUUUUGCUAGAAAUAUCGAUUUGAAUUCAUCAUAAUUCGUGGACAAAAAGGUGAUUCGAGACAAUUGAUCUGUUGCAAUGUUUAUUACGUAGGUAAAAAUAAAUCCUUAGAGAAG